AUGAAGACGACUCGCAGGUGCAGGACCCUCCUGUCGGUUAGCUUGAACUUCUUCGCCCUCUUCUUCUCCAUUACCGCGUUUAUAACGACUUACUGGUGCGUGGGGACCCAGAGAGUCCCGAAGCCGAAGUGCAGCAAGCUGCGGACACACCAGUGCAUAGACUACGGAGUGAACGAGACGGACCCCAACAAAGUGGUGUACAGCUGGGAGACCGGGGACGACAGGUUCCUGUUCCGACAGUUCCACACCGGAAUCUGGUUCUCAUGCGAGGAAAACAUCCACGAUGAAAGUGAGAGAUGCCGAAGCUUCAUCGACUUGGCCCCUGCAUCAGAGAAAGGGAUGCUGUGGCUGUCGCUGGUGUCUGAGAUGCUGUACAUUGUUCUGCUGGUGGUGGGCUUCAGCCUCAUGUGUUUAGAGCUGGUCCACUCCAGCAACGUCAUUGACGGACUCAAACUCAACGCCUUCGCCGCCGUCUUCACGGUGCUCUCAGGUCUUCUUGGCAUGGUGGCCCAUGUGAUGUACACACAGGUCUUCCAGGUCACCGUCAGCCUCGGCCCACCCGAUUGGAGGCCCUACAACUGGGACUACGGCUGGUCCUUCUGCAUGGCUUGGGCAUCCUUCACCUGCUGCAUGGGCGCGUCGGUCACCACCCUCAACUCCUACACGAAGACCGUCAUCGAGUUCAGGCACAAGCGCAAGACGUUUGAGCAGAGCAUCCGCGAGGAGCACGCACGGGAGGCUUUCGGAUACUUCCGGGAACGCUCCGUGCACUCCAUCUCCAAAUCCGUGGAGGUUUAUUCCAGCCAGACCCCAAAAAGUGGCAGGAAAACUCCCAUACCCGCUGACUCCCUGGACCUGAGUGACAUUGCAGCAUCUCUGGGGGAGGAACAGUGCUGA